AUGAAGUCCUCAGUUAUCCUCGCCAUCAGCGCUUUCGCAGCUGCUUCCGUCGCUCAAACCCUCACCGAUCUUCCAUCAUGUGGUCAAACCUGUAUCAGCAACAUGCUCGCUCAAGCUCAAGGUCUUGGAUGCUCUUCCCCUGAUGCUGCCUGUCUUUGCACCAAGCCAGACUUUGCCUAUGGUAUCCGUGAUUGCUCCAAUGCCGCAUGUGGUACUGAAGCUGCUGUUUCCGUUAUCGCCUACGGCCAAAGCUACUGUGCAGCUGUCUCUACCACUGGUUCCGCCGAGUCAUCCACCUUGGCUACUUCUACCGCCUCUGCUUCCGGCAGUGGUUCAGCUGAGUCAUCUGCUGCUGCCAGCUCUUCUGCUAUCACCACCUCUGCUCUCCUUGCAACCGUUACCUCUGGAUCUGAGACCAUCACUACCACCAUUGGUUCUACUACAAUUUACGGUGCCGGCGGUAUUGCUGUUGUAUCCUCAACUCCAAUCUCUACCGAAGCUGUCGUCUCCACCAUUACCAGCGAUGAUUCUACUUUCGAGUCUACCGUUGGAUCUUCUACCAUUUACAGCACUCCAAGCCCAACUGACACCGGUGUCUCCUCUGCCAUCACCACCUCUGCUAUCGUCUCCACCGUCACCAGUGAUUCUUCCACUUUUGAGACCACUGUAGGAUCCACCACCAUCUCUGGUAUUGGAGCUGUUGCCAGCGUUUCUUCCGAGGCUGCUUCCUCCGCUUCUGCCAUCUCAUCCAGUGCCGGAUCUGCUAUCUCUUCCAUUCAAUCCUCAGCUUCAUCUGCCGCCUCUAGCUUGGCUUCAGGUGCUUCCAGCUUGGCUUCAUCUGCCACCAGCAGAGCCUCUUCCGCCACCUCUGCCGCUGGUAGCGCUGCAGCAUCCGCAACCUCAUCCGCCAUGGGUUCCCUCCCAACUGGUGCUACUGGUUUGAUGGCCGCUGCAGGUCUCGCUGCUCUUUUCUUGUAA